AUGGGCCAGCCAGAAAUACCACAGAACAAUGCGGCUGGAAGAGCAUGCUCGACGGCCGCCGGUUCGUUCUAUACAACGUCGACUACUACCAAUGCUCCUCUUACCGACGAAUCUCCAUUAUUUGUUGGCUCGGAUCCCCGCCAACAAGAUGAAGACCGCAAAGCUGAGAAUAAUGAAAUCCCCGAUGGGGGUCUCGUGGCCUGGACCCAGGUUCUGACCGGACACCUGGUUGUGUUCAAUGUAUGGGGCUAUAUUACAUCGUGA